CAUGGUCUAACCAUGCUAGUCUUGCGCGUCACACCAUCCGUUCAAAAAAAAAGAGAAAAUAUGAGCAUUCGCUCUACAAAUCAUAACGGUCAUUUCCCCUUUUCUGCCAAAAUCAUUCGCAUAAACCCUAAAAAAAAAACCUUUUAUUUUUCUCUAAACGCUCCUCUAUAAUCUCUUUUCCCCAAUCUUAUUUGUCCGAAUCUUUUUUAAAGUGGAAACCACUAACUGAUUCAUAAUUUUCUCACAAAAACACGACAUUGAGCAAGAUUCACAUAUGGGUUGCUUUCUUGGAUGUUUUGGGUCUGCCAAAGUUAAAGACGACAUUAAACGCCCUAAAAAUCCCCAAAUUUCUUCUCAUCGGAAUCAGGAUUACAAUUCUGUACAUCAGAUUAUCAUUCCUACUCCCACCCAAAUUCCUAAUGUUGUUCCAGAUCAGAAAACUUUAAAGAAAUCUGUUAAUCCUCAAGUUCCCGAACAGUAUAACCUAGAGGAGAAACAACACUUGAGCUUGUCCAAUGAGGAUAAACCAGAGGUUCAAAUACUAUCGAGUUUGAGUACACGAAAGAAAGUAACUUUUGAUACAAAUGUCAAAGAACAUUUGAGCUUGCCAAAUAAGGGUAAAUCAGAGGUUCAAAUACAAUUGAUUUCUGGCACACGAAAGAAAGUCACUUUUGAUUCAAAUGUUAAAGAACAUGAGCAUGUUCCAUAUAAUGAUACACAGGAUGUUAUGCAGGAGAGUGGUAAGGGAGUUGAUAAAGAAGUUGUUGAGUAUGGAACAAAAUCAAUCAAAUCAUGUAACUUUUGGGAGGGCUCAAGCGUGUCUAGUUUGGUGUCAUUUCCUUCAAAUCACAGGUAUCAAAACUGUAGAGAGAGUGAUGACGAAGAUGAAGAUGAAGAUGAAGAACUGGGUUGUGAAGUAAGUGAUUUGGAUGAUGAUGACAACGAUGAUGAUGUUGGAUUUAUUCAUGAUGAGUACCAUCCGAGGCAAGUCUGUGAGUAUAUAAAGCUGUGUACUUCGGUUGAAUCAAAGACUAAAAAAAGUUCUACCUGUUUGGUUGAUGAUGGAGAUAGUGAUUGCAUCCUGGAUCAUGCAUCUAUAGACAAAGGAACGAAAACCCCGGAAGUAUUCAAUCGUGGUGCUCGAGAUAGGGCUGGUUAUGUUCAUUCGGUGCUGAAUCCUGUUGAAAACACAGCUCAAUGGAAAACAGUAAAAGUAAAAGAAACUCUAUCCAUAAAAGAGCAGAAGGAGAAUUUCAAGAUAGAUCUUGGUUUUCAGCAAUUUUCGUCGAAGACUAAAUCAAAUUUUGGUGAGCCUAAGAAUGACUGUGAAACAGUUGCUAGCAGCCUAUCUACUUGGUUGGUUUCCUCCCAAUCAACACCUCCUAGCAAGGCUAUGCCUAUUGGCUUGGAACCUAUAGAAUCUGUGGCAAAUUUGUCCUCACAUGGCUCUAAUUCUAUGAAAAGUCAAGAGGAAAGACCAAUUUUAGGUGUAUUGACAGUUGAAGAACUUAAGCAAUUCUCUCCCACGCCCUCCCCAAGAAGAUCGCCUUUUCAAAUCCCAAAUGAGGGGCCGUUAGUUGGCACUGUUGUUGUAGACUGGAAUUCUAGAACUCCUGUUGAUGACACUGGUUCAGUUUCUUCAUUUAAUGGGAUACCAAAUACUACAAGCAAGUAUAGAGAGGAUAAGACUGUAAAUUGGCAUUCAACUCCUUUUGAAACGAGGCUGGAGAGAGCUUUAAACAGAGAUACUGCUGGGUGUCAAGUUGAUCGUCGUGUGUGUUAAUAGAGUUUCUGUAAAAUCCUUGGUAAUUGGUGUGUUGAUUUCUACUUACUGCAUUCUUGUUUUGUUAAAUAUCCUUCAAAUACAUCACACUGUGAAUUCUCAUGAGGUUGUAUAUUACUUUUAUGCGUGAAAUACUGAUACUGAUACUAUACAAAAAGACACAUUUCAGUUGUGCAAUUUGAAGCUAAUAAGAAAUAUUACUAGUGUACUGCCCA